AUGCAGGUCUCCAGGAGAUUAUUGUGGGAGGCAGAGCACGUGCCGCCGGCGCCGUCCCUGGAGCCCGCGGCGGCGGACUCCGACAUCGUCGUCAUCCUCGCCGCCCUGCUCUGCGCGCUGAUCUGCGUCGUGGGCCUGGCCCUGGUGGCGCGCUGCGCCUGGCUCCGCCGCUCCGCCCAUGGGGGACCUGCGGCACCGCCGAAGAAGGGCGUCAAGAAGAAGGUGCUCCGGUCGCUGCCCAAGCUCUCCUUCCACUCUGGCUUCACCGAUCCCAAGUUCGCCGACUGCGCCAUCUGCCUCGCCGAAUUCGCCGACGGCGACGAGAUCCGGGUCCUCCCGCAGUGCGGCCACGGGUUCCACGUCGCCUGCGUCGACGUAUGGCUCGCUUCCCACUCCUCGUGCCCAUCCUGCCGGCAGGUCCUGCUCGGGCCGUCGGCGCCUCCGCGGUGCCAGAAUUGCGGCACCGCCCCCGCCCCCGCCCCCGCCGCGGCCCCCACUGCGUGUGCGCCGACAGCGGCGCCGCCGCCUGAGGCGCCGGCGCCCGCCAGACCGGCCCCCCAGGAGCACCAAGCGUCGGGCUCCAAAUCCAGGGAGGAUGACGGCGGCCACCGAUAUCUCCCCUAG